AUGACUGUCAAGGCUAGACAACCUCGCGUCCAUGUCCUCGGACUGGGGAGCAUUGGCACAUUUGCUGCACACUCGCUCGCCGAUGUUCCAUAUCCUCUUACACCGUCAGUCACGCUGUUGCUUCAUCGAGCCCCUCUCGUCGACAACUUUGUCUCCUGCGGAAGCAAGAUAAGAUUGGAGACGAGAGAAGGUGAAAUUGUCGACCACAGCAAGUAUGAUCUCGAAGUACUACAAUAUGGGAAAUGGCAUCGGCAUCAAUCGACACAGCUAGACCCUUCUCCUACGGACGACGUUAUCGACAACCUCAUUGUUUCAACAAAAGCCACCCAGACGGCAUCGGCUUUAAGGCCCCUCAAGCACAGGCUCAAUGCGUCUUCAUACGUCUUGUUCCUACAAAACGGAUCCGGCAUGAUUGAAGACGUGAACAAGCAUGUCUUUACGGACGAGGAAACACGGCCAAGUUACAUCACAGGUGUCACUUCACAUGGUGUCACACUCAACUCAGCCUUCAACAUCGCUCACACUGGAUUUGCGGCGACAUCAUUGGGCUUAGUCCCCAGAAGCGACAAAACCGCAGAUAAUACGAGCUCUAUUCCAUACCUCUUGGAUGCACUACCUCUGGUGCCACGACUCAACGCCACCUCGUACGCGUUCCUCGACGUUUUCCAGAUCCAGUUGGAAAAGCUUACGGUCAAUGCCUUCUGCAACCCUCUAUGCGCCCUCAACGAUGCCAAGAACGGGUUCCUGUUCACCAUUCCCGAGACACGCCGAGCCAUCCUCACCGAGAUAUCCCGAGUUGUCUACGCGCUUCCUGAAUUGCGCGGGGUGCCUGGCGUACUAGAACGAUUCUCAGUGGACAGACUGGAAGCGACCGUGAAUGGCAUCAUCCAGAAAACGGCAGAAACAACUUGCUCAAUGGUUGUGGAUUUACGGCGAGGCCAGAAGACGGAGAUCGAGUUCAUCAAUGGGUAUUGGUGUCGAAGGGGAAGAGAAGUUGGUGUGCCAACACCAAUCAAUGACGAUCUUGUAAAGCAGAUCCUGCAUCGACAGGGCGAUGAAGAGCUGGCAAAGAAUUACCAGUAA